AAACCGGCGGCCUUUCGCCCAGGCCGGCACUGGGUCACUGCCAGUAUCCCUUGUCCGACCCUGUAUCCGCUCCGGUUCCUCCGUCUGCAGUGUGGGCUGGCAGCACAAAAAGCCCUCCAAAACCAAACCAGGUUUUCAAUUCGAAAAAAACCUCGCACCAGAUUCCUCCCAUCCAAUGGCCGUCGACACGGAUUUCGCGUCGCUGAUGAAAACCCUGAAGCUGGAAGAUCCAUUGCUCACGCCCCGGCCUUGGGAGUCGAUCCCUUCAGAGAGCGGAUCAUCUCGCUCCGACAUUCCAACAUCCACUUCUUCUUCUCUCUCUACACCUCUCUACGACACUCCCAUUGUCUCCGAGGCAAGUUUGGUGAGGAUAGCAUUAAAUGCACAACAAGGCAUAGAAUCAGCUCUUAUAACCAUUGAAAAGCUCUGUGCAGCAUUCUACUCUGAUCCAGCUGAUAGAACCUUCCAUCGAAUUCCCAGUUUGUGGAACCGGUCAUCAAGCACUCUUGCUUUGGGAAGGAUUCUCAAAUCCAUAGGCCACUCUGGAUGUAUAGUGUUUCUUCUCCGCAAAUUUGUUGAUCAUUUUAUUAAUUUCGACUCAGACGAAAGUUUUAGCAAUAAACCUUCAAAUUCAGAAGCAAAAGAAAAUCAUAAUGAUCUUCCGGUUGAAGGGGGAGAACACCAUAUAUGCAGUCUUGUUAAUCAAGCAUUCUCUGUUGCUGUGCGGAAGGUUUUAGAAGGUUACAUAUGUGGAGUGGAUACACUAUAUACAUCAGUGGGUUUAAGGCAUUUAACAUCGACUACUGAUUUGUGUUCGCACUCUUGUUUUGGAGUAGGCAGUCUCAGGAGCUCAGUACAUUCUGAAGUUACCCUAUUGGAGGUUUACCUGCACACAAAGGAAUUGAGAAAUCAGAUUGAAGCAAUUGGACAUAUCUGCAACAUAAGUGAUAUAGCUCUUUGCUUAUCACUGUCAGCUUCAGAAGAUUUAGUUGCUAAAGCUAAUAUAGAGUUCCGUAACUUCCCAACAGGUGGAAAUCUGCUCACUUAUUUGUAUACACAACUACGGGUUGCUGAUCCGGUCCACAGUUCUGUCUUGAAGUUUCUCUUUCUGUCUUCUUGUGAACCGUACUGUGAAUUUAUCAGAUCAUGGAUCUAUGAUGCCAAGCUUUGUGACCCGUAUAAUGAAUUUCUCAUAGAAUUUGCGAAACAUUCACCAUCUUAUUCACUUGACGAAGCUGGAAGGUGUAAUGACAUUCCAUUGGCCGUGCUUAGGGAGCAAGAUGGAGUUGCUGUACCCUGUUUUCUCAAAGAUUUAUCCAUUCCACUUCUCAGAGCUGGUCAGCAGCUUCAAGUUGUAAUGAAGUUGCUUGAAUUGUGCAGUCACAUUGGCAUCGGGAACCAUGCUUAUGAGGAUAUUCUUCCCCGUUUGAGUGAUUUCUCAAGUGACUUUCCAUCUUAUGCAUCUUCAUUGCCUUCUAUUAAAUUAAGCAUUGAAGCUAUGGUAUGUGCAAGGAACAACUAUUACAAAAGCAAGUUGGAAAAACUGGACAUUGUUUUUACGGCAUUGGAAAUCAGAUAUCAACAGGUAGUUCCACAGGGCAGUGCAGCAAUCUAUUCAAAUACCUAUGGAAGGAAUCCAAACUUCCCUAUUUCAUUUUCAAAGGAUGACAGUUUCAUUUGUCCUUCUACCAGUAAUGGUUAUUUGGAUACGGCUUUUGACAAUAUGGAGUCUGAGGUUGCCAGCACAACGGAUGAGUUCUCUUAUGCGGGGGAGUUGGAAUCAUCAGAAUGUUCAUCUUUAAGUGGCUCCGAAGAAGAAAGUGAUUCUAUGCAGCUGAUUCAAUUUCCUCGUAAUUUGGUUGCAGUUGAACAGAACUAUUUAUCUGCUUUAAAUUUACUUUCAACUGUUGCCGUCGAUAAUUCUGCUCAGAAACCUUCGGAAAGUGAUAUAUCAAACCGCAUGGAAGGUGAUUCAUGUGACAUUAAUGAGAAAUCCGCUCUAGAGGACGGAUCUGUUUAUCCUAGUCACAGAGGAACAAAGUUGACCAAAUGGAAGCCAAAUGGCUCAAGGUUGUCUGACGCCAAAAACACAGAUAGUCAGUGCGAUGCAGGCUGGUUUCUUAGUGACAUUGUGAAAAGUUAUUUUUAUGUGGACCGAAGGUAUAGAGACAAUGGUGCGCGAAAUGUGGGCAAUAUGAUUUUCCCAGCAAAUUCUUUAACGGGGGAAACCAACGAUGAGGAUCAACUUUCAAACAGAACUUACCUUCUGUCAAACUUAAAUUUUUUGCAACAAUCAAACCACAAAUACCAUUCCAAUCUUCUUAGUAUGAACCCAGUAUUGUUUAAAAGUGACCUGAUGGGCAAACAUGGAGUGAAAGGCUGCGUAGACCGAAUAGAACCCUUUCCUUGCUUUGAUUUUUCAUCUGUAAAAGACCCUUGUAAGUUUUAUGCCAAGAACUUAUCUGCCAAUGCCAGGCAUCAGUUUGGAGCUGAAGUUGCACUUUUCCCGAAAUCUAAUGCUUCUGCUGCACUUGCUACGAGCAAAUACCGCGAGAAGGAAAGCAACAAUAUUCCUUCGAUCUUGAUUGAUAAGCAUGAGUUUCCUCAUGAUGAUUUUACUUUGGAAUCAAAGAAUGAGAAGAAAGAACAAGUGGUGCUGGACAAUGUUUCUGGUGGAAGUGGUUGGCAGAGUAUGCUCUGUUGUUCAGAUAGUAGUGUCAAUUUUAGUGGCAGAGAUCAAAGGAACAGUUUGGCAGCUACAUUUGAGAUACCACUUGAUUUUGUAAUUGAGAAAUGCCUCUUGCAGGAAAUCUUGCUUCAAUAUUGGUAUGUCAGCAAGUUGACUAUUAAAAUACUUGAAGAAGGAUUUGAUUUGAAAGGACAUCUACUGGCAUUGCGGCGAUACCAUUUCAUGGAAUUAGCUGACUGGGCAGAUUUGUUUAUCAUGUCCCUUUUGCAUCAUAAAUCCUACGUGACAGGGGGAGAUCAGAAAGUCUCAGAUAUUCAGGGGUUACUUGAGAUGUCAGUUCAGAGGUCUUCAUGUGAAGGAGACCAUAAUAAGGACCGUCUAUUCGUGUACAUGAAGGGAAAGGGAAAUGGCACAAUGCCUCUCUCGACAUCUACAAUAGGACUCGAUUCUUUCGAUUUUUUAGGUUUGGGUUACAGAGUGGAUUGGCCGGUCAGUAUUGUUGUGACACCACAGGCCUUAGAAAUAUAUGCCCAGAUAUUCAGCUUUCUUAUUCGAGUCAAGCUUGCUGUUUUCUCAUUAACUGACAUAUGGUCCUCGUUGAAGGAUUUACUGCAUUUAGUUAAUCAGAAUCGCCAUUCUGAAGCACGUGUCCCAGAAAUGCGACAUUUCAAUAUCUUAAUCACAGUGAGGCACCAAGUCAAUCAUUUUGUAUCUACAUUGCAGCAAUAUGUCCAAUCGCAGUUAUCCCAUGUAUCCUGGUGCAGGUUUCUAGACUGUCGUAAGCACAAGGUCAAAGAUAUGAAGGAUCUCGACUCAGUUCAUAUGGGAUAUCUAACUGAUGCCCUGCACAUAUGCUUCUUGUCUGAAGAAAUGCAGUCCAUAGCCAGAAUUAUUGAUCGCAUUUUACAGUGUGCACUAGACUUCAGGUCUUGUUUGACUGGAGCCGAUUUUGAAGCUGUACUUUCUGGAAGUUUGUCGGGUAAACUUUCUCGAAUCAACAUUUCCCAGGUAAUUGCCAUAAGACAGACGUUCCAUAAAAAUCUCAAAGAGCUGCAUGUGUGUUAUCUCAACACACCAACUCACACGGAGUUUGGUCUUUCUCGUUUCUGGGGUUAUCUCAAUUACAACGAGUACUACUCAGACGCCGGUAGGCGGUAACGAUAAAGUUCAACCUACCGUCUUUUGGUCUAAUGGUCUGUUCCACUCUUCUUGAGCUUGUAAUUGAGAUCCCUCUCUCCUUAGACUGACCCAGAAAGGUUUCUGCACUAAAGUUGCCUUCAACUGCUGACCCAGAAAGAUUUGUACAGUGGACCGUAAGAUUUUUGGGGCUUGUCACACUGUUCUGCUUCUGUUAAUGCUGUGUAAUGGAGGUCCUGAUCUUCCAAUGUUGUAAAUUACCAUCUUGCAUGAGAAUGCUGCAUCUCGCCCACAUUUUUUAGGGUCCUGAGGCUGUGGUUCGACAUUUGAAUGACAAGGUUCGAAAGGUCAAAUUGAAAUUUAAAGUCUAUUGGACAAAGGUACUAUAAAAUUGGACAAAAUUUGUACUUAAUUAGUAUAAAUCCAGAAUCAUCUUUACCGGUCAUUCUUGCUAGACGAUUGUACAAAUUCAUGACAGCUAUACCUGAUUCUCUCUACGAAUCACUCAAUACUCAUGCUACCGUUU